CCCGAGCGGUGCUUGUCCGGAGAUGGCGGCGGUCGCUGUAAGCAGCGCCAAGCGGAGCCUGCGGGCGGAGCUGAAGCAGCGUUUGCGGGCCUUGAGCGCGGAGGAACGGCUGCGUCAGUCUCACCUCCUCACUCAGAAGAGAUGAAGACCAUAGAGAGAUGUUGCCCCUUAACGGAUCAAGGAAGAUCUAGCAGAGGAAGCAGCUUGGAGGACAGGGGAGAGCAGAAAAGGAAUGGACAAAAAAGGGAGUAAAGGGCCAACUUCUGAGUCUGGGUGAUUGCCCACAGUCAGUAUCAAAAUUCCAAAAGAAUUUCCAUCUUUCUGAGUAUGCAAGAUGAAAUUGAGACAGAAGAGAUCAUCAAGGACAUUUUCAAACAAGGCAAAAUCUGCUUCAUCCCUCGGUACCAUUUCCAGAGCAAUCACAUGGACAUGGUGAGAUUAAAAUCACCUGAAGAAAUCUCUUUACUUCCCAAGACAUCCUGGAAUAUUCACCAGCCUGCUGAGGAAGAUGUUCGGGAGGAGGCCUUAUCCACGGGUGGACUUGACCUCAUCAUCUUUCCAGGCCUCGGGUUUGAUAAAGAGGGCAACCGGCUGGGGCGGGGCAAGGGCUAUUAUGACAACUACCUGAAGCGCUGUGUGCAGCAUCAGGAAGUGCGGCCCUACACCUUGGCUUUGGCUUUCAAAGAGCAGAUCUGUCCCCGGGUCCCAGUGGACGAGCACGACAUGAAGGUAGAUGAAGUCCUUUACGAAGACUCCCCAACAUCUCAAGCCAUAAGAUGACAGCGACACUCAGUGCUUUGUACCACUGUGAAGAAAAUAUGUGUAUUUUCCUCUUGUCAAAAAUGAGUCAAAAUGGUACAUUAAAGUGACUAUGGACUGUG